AUGACUCUAGUGGGAAACUUGUUCGCAGGACGAAGUUCUGAAAAGGAAUCCAACUAUGUUGAUGAGCUUUCGAGAGAUGUUGAAAACUUAAGAUUUGGACCACUUGAUCCUUCUACUCCUUCCAGAAGUCCAUAUAAGAAUGAAGAUGAUAAUCAUGCCAAUGACAGCUCGUUCAUGUCGAUAUGCAGCUCUCCAGCGAGCAACAGAUCAUCUCCAAAACAUCACACAGCAUUCAAUAAAGAGAAUGCUAUUCCAUCCAGUCCAAAUAGGAAGAGUUUGAUACCGGAACUUCCAAGAUUGACACAUCAACAUAACAAGUUCAACUCUCCGGAAAGGAAGAAGCUUGACAAGGUGUUUUUCAGCAAGAAGAACUCGCCAAAGACAAAGAGGCUUGUUACAUUAUGCCAGAUGUACUUCUUAGACUAUUACUGCGAUCUGUUUGACUAUGUUAUUGGAAGGAGAGAGAGAAUUACACAAGUUGAAGGUGCUCUGGGCGACAUUGCGGAACCACAGAGAUCGUUGCAAUGGAAAAACUAUAUUGGCCGUGAGAGGGCAUUCUUACGCAAGAAGAGAACGAAACCAAGAAACAGAGACUUCCACAUUAUGACACAGGUUGGUCAAGGUGGAUAUGGACAGGUGUUUUUGGCAAAAAAGAAGGACACGAAGGAAUUGUGCGCUUUGAAAGUUCUGAACAAAAGACUCCUGUCGAGAACGGACGAGACAAGACACGUGUUAACUGAGCGUGACAUUCUUACAAACACUCGCUCUGUUUGGUUGGUGAAGCUUUUCUAUGCUUUCCAAGAUAAGGAAAACCUAUACAUGGCAAUGGAGUUUGUUCCUGGCGGUGACUUCCGUACAUUGCUCAACAAUGCUGGAUAUCUCAUACCGCAGCAUGCCCGUUUCUACAUCAGUGAAAUGUUUGCUGCAGUGAAUGCUUUACAUCAGUUGGGAUACACGCACAGAGACUUGAAGCCAGAGAAUUUCUUAAUUGAUGCAAAGGGCCACAUCAAGUUGACUGACUUUGGUUUGGCAGCAGGUUCUGUAUGUGCCGACAGAAUAGAAAGCAUGAAAAUGAGGUUGAACCAAGUCAAAGACCUGCAGUAUUUACCGAGGGAACGCAGCGUGAAGGAAAGACAAGAGCAGUACAGAUCUUUGAGAGCCAGAGAUAUCCACUAUGCAAAUUCCAUAGUAGGAUCUCCAGACUACAUGGCUCUUGAAGUGCUGGAAGGAAAACCCUAUGACUACACUGUUGACUACUGGUCCUUGGGUUGCAUGCUUUUUGAAGCUUUGGUUGGAUACACCCCUUUUUCGGGAAGAAAUUCUAACGAGACAUACUCCAACUUGAAACAUUGGAGAUCUGUUCUUCGUAGGCCAAGGUAUGAAGAUAACAGAUACGUGUUUAGCGAUAGAACAUGGGACUUGAUCACACAUUUAAUAGCCUCGCCUAAUACUAGGUUGAGAACUUUCAAGCAGGUGAUGGCGAUGCCAUACUUUUCGGAAGUGGACUGGUCAACUCUUAGAGAAAGAAUUCCACCAUUUACGCCACAGCUUGAUAGUGAUGAGGAUGCUGGCUACUUUGAUGACUUCACAAAUGAGGGUGAUAUGGCCAAGUAUAAGGAUGUUAUGGCCAAGAGAGAAAAGGAUGAAAGACUGGCAAGAAAUACAACAAUUAACGAUCAGAAGAAUUUCGUUGGUUUUACGUUCAAGCAUAAAGAUAAUCCAAGCUCGAAUCCAAACAAGAUUUUGUCCCCAAUUAUGCUUAAUGGCAGAGAUUACCAGGCCGAAAUUGGUCGCUAUAAUGAACCUUUUGGUACUUUGGUUCUUAAUCCAUCUCCAGACUUACUGGACAAAGACAUCAAGAUUUGCAACAUAUUAGAAAAGAAAAAUGGACAUUUUGCAGUGAAGCUGAUGCUAGGAGAUCUGGUUAAGCUGGAUGAUCAACAAUUUCCAGAAAUUGAAACCAAGGCCGACCAACCUAUCUAUUUUACAGAAGGGGUUCAUGAGGCUUCAAAAAUCGAGACAAACACUUUGGGACUUGACUUUCUUGGACGCAUCGGCAUUAAACAGGAUGCCAGCGGUUUGAAAAUAGGAUAUAUUACUGGAGCAUUACAAAAUUUAGAGGUUGAGGAUAUUAAAAGCAAGCUGAGUGUAGGACAAAAUCCAUAUGUUGAUAUAUUGAUAACGUAUCAGUGGCCCAAACUUAUAUCGGAUGAAGAAAAACUUACAACGGUGGGUUCAAAAAAGCUAGAUUUUGUACUUGAUAUGCUUAAACCACGAUACUGGUUUGCGGUUGGAAAUGAAAUGGGCAGAUUUUACGAAAGAUUACCAUUUCAAUGGGAAGAAGGAAGAGUUACCAGAUUCAUCAGCUUAGGCAAACAUGGAUCAAAAGGCAAGUGGCUAUAUGCUUUCAGCAUUUCGUUAAAUCCGGUCGAUGAUGUUAAAUCCGUAUCAGAAUUUGGUACGAAACCAAAGCCGGUUGAAACUCAUUUAACACAGAAAAGAGGGAGAGAUGACGCAGAAAAUUAUUCGGAGAAGUACCGAAAGAACUAUGAAAAGCGACAAAAGCCUGCAGUCACCCCAGAUACAUGCUUUUUCUGCUUGUCGAAUCCUAAAAUCGAACUCCACAUGAUCAUUUCUAUAGGUAAGACAUGCUAUAUGACAGUUGCAAAGGGUCCUUUGACUUAUAGAUCUGGACCGUUGGGAUUUUCAGGUCACGGAUUAAUAAUUCCAAUUGAUCAUUGUGCGACACUUCUUAAGUACAAAAAGAACGAAAAUCAGGAUUGUCCGGUUCAGGAGACUAAUUUGUAUAAGGAAAUGGAACUGUAUCAGAAAUCUAUAGGUAACAUGUUCCUUUCCUUGGGAAAGUAUGCCACUGUUUUUUGGGAGAUCUCAAGAACUCGUGGUGUUCACUUUCAUAAGCAGUUUGUACCAAUACCGGUUGAGCUAUGUGGAAAGUUUGAGGAAACAAUGAAGAAGCAGAUUGACUUUGCAUCACAAAAAUAUGGAUCCAAGUUGUCAUACAGAAAACUGACAGAUGCUGAUGGUGAUAAAACACUUAUCAACGUGAUUAACCAUUCAGACUACAUGCUCCUAUCCUUAAGAGAAUCUGAGCAGAAAACAACUAAAUACUUGUUUCAGUUGUCUGAUCAGGAUUCUAGAAUCGAUCUUCAGUUUCCUCGAAAAGUUAUUGCGUUCUUACUUAAUCUUGGUAACCGAAUACAUUGGGAUAGAUGCAAGGAGAGCAUUUCCGAGGAAACGGAACAAAGGGAUACAUUCCAGAACUUAGAACAAGUAAGAAGAUGCUGGGAAGAGGUGUUCUUUACUAAAAAAUCAGCAUUUAAUGAUGACAAGUAUGAAGACUUUCAAUUUGUCGUUAAUUGGUUUGACGAUACCGCUGAGCCCAAAACCUAUCAUGGUUUAAGAAGUGUUUCCGAGACAUUAGACACAAAUAAUGAAAUGUUACCCGCAUCUUCCACACCAUCUGUCGAUUCUAGCCCCUCUUUAGUGCCGGAACGUAUUCUAAAGGAUAUUCAACAGUGCGUUGGUGAUGAUACAAAGAUUAAAAGUCUCCUAGAAGAGAUGGAUACGUGUAUUUCAAAUGAUAACAUUUUGGAGACGGCUGAAGCUACAGGCACGUUGACAGACACAAAUGAAUCAUCAUCAACCGAUGUUUCCUGUAAAAUUUCACUCACAAACAAAAUACGAACGUUACUGGAUGAGCAUUCAGAUCUGGUAUCAGCUAUAUCCACGCAAUCAGAUCUUACCGAACGCGUUUAUAAAUGGUAUUACAAUGACAUGUAUUAUAGGGAAAAAGAGACAUCUGCAAACGAGAUUUCAUAUGAUGAAGAGUUUCGACAUAUGUAUAUAUAUGGGUUUACAACCCUUUUGGCAUCUUUGGACACUUCUGAUACAGGCAAAAUGCAGAAACUUAAGAUACGAAGAGCUUCGAAGAGUAUGGUGGAAAGCUUUCUUAGUCGUGUCAAUGUUCUUUUACUCUACGAUCUCCAUGCAAUCCAUGAGUUUCAUCAAAAGGUUUGGGGUGUGGUGAAAUUCUGCUUCAGAAAUAACGAGGAUUGUGAUGAAAUAUGCAGUGAGAUUGAAAAUUAUAGUGUGUUGAACCCGAUAUUUUCCAUAUUGAAGCCCCUUGUUCGGCAACUUCUAGACGAGGAAUCUCGUAGUUAUGAUUCGAGCUCCAUAGAGAAUUCACAAUCGGGAAAGGAAAACACGAGACAAAUUUCAAUUCGGCAGCCUACGGUCACAGAUGAUUAUAACAUCCCACGUUUAGAAGCACCAAUAAAUAAAAAUAUUGAAGUGAUACCAGUGAAAAAGCUUAUAUUUCUCAUAGAAAAGGCUAUUAAUCUUUCAAAUGAAACAAUAGGAAGUCUUCGAAGACUACCAAAACUUGUGAAGAUCUACGCUUCGCUUCUUGUGGAAGAGGAUAUGCAACCAGAAAUGGAUCCGUUUUAUUGUAAUAUCAGUAAGUUUGCUGAUCAAUGGGUGAACGGAGAGAUCACUGCUGUCGAAUUUUAUUCCGAGCUUUAUUCAUUUUCGUUGAUCCCACUAUCCAGGGAUUCAGAUGAUGCUUCAUUAAAUAAUAUGCAGUUGCGAUUAGCUUAUAUGCUAUCUGGAAGAGAGCUUUAUUUGGAAAGACAGUACUUCAUAAAGCUCAUAGAUGCAUAUAGCAGUCUCAAGAAUGUUUGCACUACACCAGAUAAAGCAAAUUUGUAUGUGGGACCGAUACUUAAGACAUGGCAUGCGGAAACUGUAAAAUAUGCAAAUUUGGCGGCCCAAGGUAAUAAAGCUUUGCAGAAAUUACAAGAAAGGACGGCCUUUAGUGUGUGGAAACAGAAAUAUGAAUAUAUUUUGACGCUCAGAAGUAAAGCAGAUUCUAAAAUGUUAAAACACUGGUUUUGUGCUUGGAAAGCAAGAUAUAGUACCUUGACAACAGAAUUGGACAACAGGUUGCAAAAGUUUGAGCAUUCACAUCUUGAGAGGAAAUAUUUUAACACAUUGGUUCUUGACUAUCGUUUCCGAAAAUGGGAAAUGAAGAAUUCAGGGGAUAUGUUUGCCGUGAAGCAAGCCUUUAAUGAAUGGAGAAGCCAAGCCGACAACUACAAAAGUUUAUUGAAACAGGCAAAGGAUAGAAAUGAUAAAUUUUUGGAGACGUUUGUAUGGGUUUGCUGGAAGCAUCGUUCGUUAGGGAAAUUUAGAAUUGAUACUUUAUUGGCCGAUACCGAGAAACAGUACACUUCGGCAAGAUAUUUAAAUAUUUGGAAGCGGCAACUACAUUACGAAAGAGUAAAAAAGGAGGUUGAAGAGCACAACAAAGUAUGCAUGGAGAAAUAUGCCUUUAAUCAGUGGCAGGACAUAUACAAGUUACAUAUGCGUUCUUUAGAAUUACGACAUAGAACAUCAUUGAGGAAGCUCAAAACAUUUUUUGCCUUUUGGAAAAAUGCCCACAAAAUGAGGCAGCUUGCAGAUGAAAAGCACCGCGCUUUUGUCACAAAGCAUUGCUUUGAGACGUGGCUUCUAGAGUUGCAUUUUGUUUAUUCUUUGUCGAAUGCAAACGUCCAUAUUGCUCAAAGCAUGCUUGAUCGAUGGCGGUUAGAAGCUCGUGGAAGAAAGUUCCAGAAGCAGUCAGAAACAAAGAUGGUGGUUAUAUUUUUUAACCUUUGGAAGUCGAAAUAUGACAACGUGAAGAAGCUAAAUGGCAUUUUUUCCGGACGGGUCCAAGAAUUGCAAGUUAGUAUUUAUUUUGAGUUUUGGAGACGGUUUACCGAAACUCAGACUGCAAAGAGGGAAAAGUUCGAGGAAUCAGUAAAAGUAAUUAGAGAGAAUCGUGAAAACUCUCUUCUUAGAAGAAUGCUUUCCACUUGGAGACGUAAUUUGAUGCUGAGGGAGCGGGAGGCAGAAGUGGAAACAGAAAAAUUGCAUGAAUUCGAACGUGAGCGGGUAUUGAGACCAGAAUUCCACAAAUGGCUAAAGAGGUGCGUAGAUAUCCGAAGAAAUGAAUCUUCAGCAGAUAUGUUUUAUGACAAUCUGCUUAAAUUGAAAUACAUGCUGAAGCUUUUGAAUGGAUACGAUCAUAAUCUGCAGUUGAUGGAACUGUAUCAGAACCACAGCAACCUGAAGGAUUUGGAGCUUCUUAAAAGAGUGAUGUCACAGAUCUCGUUAAAGAUGAUAAAAUACCGGACAGAUUAUCGGAAUGCAGACUUGUUCAAGGCCAGAUGGGCCAAGAUAUCAAAAGAUGCGUUUUUUGGAAUCUGGAAGAUGAAAUUUGAUGCCAGGAAAUCGGCCAGAAAGCAAAAGAAGAAAGAACAGCAGCUACAACAACACCAGGAAGACUUAAGUGGGGAUGCCUUUAACAGAACCUUGACAUCAAUGAAUUCAUACGAAUCCUUACGAAAUCCCUACAUUGAUACUACCGACACAAUGUAUUCGGAUAGUCGACUGUCAUCACCUCUGACGGAGAGAACUACUGGAACAACUGCAACAAAGCUGACUUCCUGGAAAACAAGCUCUACAGCCGAUCUUCUGCAAGUACCAAACCUUGCACCGGACUCACCAACAUCAUUUUCUAGAAUAUCACCACCUAAAAUUUUCAGAACACCGAUGCGGAAGGUGAACAUGUCCUUGUCGAGCUCUGCAAAAAGAGUUAGAAGGUUCAACUUGGAGCAACGAGUGAACCACUACAGACAGGCCAAGAAGUCGCCGGAAAAAGGAGAGAUACUAAGAAGUUCCGAGGAUUCAACGGCUCCUCCAACCCCUACAAAGCCAUCUCGAAUUGCGAUGUUGGAGCACCAGAGGAGAUGA